UUUUCUUAUUACGAUACACAGAUUUGAGCAUCUACACAACGCCUCUUUUUAAAGCUCUAUAUAUAUAUGCAUUACCUUGGGAAAUGUGCCAAGCUUGAGACAAAGAUCACUUGGAUUUAAUCAGGAUCACUAUCUUAACUCUCUCACUUGGGGCUUGACAGUCGCUGAUGUUAGACUGGACCUGGAGGGAUCUACUAAUUGAUGAGCAGCAAGACUUGAGCAAGUACUUACAAUGGAAGUCAAAACACUCAUAACAAUAAUCCUUGGGGUAACACUACUAGUAGCCGUGGCGGAAUGGACGUGGAAUGUUCAAGCAAAGCAACGUUUAGAGCCCAGAGAUCUAACUAAAGUUAUAGAAAAUGAGAAAGAACCAAAACACGUGCUGAACCAACAAGAACAGGAAAAAACAAAAAAAGACAAACGUUUUUCUUUACCAAAGAAACAGGAGCAAUCAAGAAACACAGAAAACCUUUUGGCGAGAAGAAAAAAGUAUUCUAUCUUACAUUCUCACUUAAAAAAGAAGGUAAUUAAUGCCAAAUAUAAAGGAAAACCACCUCCUCCCUGGUCUUUACAUUCUGAUGAACACAUGUCAGGAUCUGGUUCAGGAUCUCCUGAAGGGUCUGGAGACACAACAACACAAACACCUACUGUCAUAUUCACAACACCAGAAGGAUCUGGAGAAGGCUCUGGAGACAUUGAGACAACCACACAAACAGUGACAGAAACAUUCACUACACCAGAAGGAUCUGGAGAAGGCUCUGGAGACAUUGAGACAACCACACAAACACCUACUGUCAUAUUCACUACACCAGAAGGAUCUGGAGAAGGCUCUGGAGACAUUGAGACAACAACACAAACAGUGACAGAAAUAUUCACUACACCAGAAGGAUCUGGAGACAUUGAGACAACCACACAAACAGUGACAGAAAUAUUCACUACACCAGAAGGAUCUGGAGAAGGCUCUGGAGAAAUUGAGACGACCACACAAACAGUGACAGAAAUAUUCACUACACCAGAAGGAUCUGGAGAAGGCUCUGGAGACAUUGAGACAACCACACAAACAGUGACAGAAAUAUUCACUACACCAGAAGGAUCUGGAGAAGGUUCUGGAGACAUUGAGACAACCACACAAACAGUGACAGAAAUAUUCACUACACCAGAAGGAUCUGGAGAAGGUUCUGGAGACAUUGAGACAACCACACAAACAGUGACUGAAAUAUUCACUACACCAGAAGGAUCUGGAGAAGGCUCUGGAGACAUUGAGACAACAACACAAACAGUGACAGAAAUAUUCACUACACCAGAAGGAUCUGGAGAAGGCUCUGGAGAGAUUGAAACAACAACACAAACAGUGACAGAAAUAUUCACUACACCAGAAGGUUCUGGAGACGGCUCUGGAGACAUUGAGACAACAACACAAACAGUGACAGAAAUAUUCACUACACCAGAAGGAUCUGGAGAAGGCUCUGGAGACAUUGAGACAACCACACAAACAGUGACAGAAAUAUUCACUACACCAGAAGGAUCUGGAGAAGGCUCUGGAGACAUUGAGACAACAACACAAACAGUGACAGAAAUAUCCACUACACCAGAAGGAUCUGGAGAAGGCUCUGGAGACAUUGAGACCACCGCGCAAACAGUGACAGAAAUAUUCACUACACCAGAAGGAUCUGGAGAAGGCUCUGGAGACAUUGAGACAACCACUCAAACAGUGACAGAAAUAUUUACUACACCAGAAGGAUCUGGAGAAGGCUCUGGAGACAUUGAGACGACCACACAAACAGUGACAGAAAUAUUCACUACACCAGAAGGAUCUGGAGAAGGCUCUGGAGACAUUGAGACAACCACACAAACAGUGACAGAAAUAUUCACUACACCAGAAGGAUCUGGAGAAGGCUCUGGAGACAUCGAGACAACCACACAAACAGUGACAGAUAUAUUCACUACACCAGAAGGAUCUGGAGAAGGCUCUGGAGACAUCGAAACGACCACACAAACAGUGACAGAAAUAUUCACUACACCAGAAGGAUCUGGAGAAGGCUCUGGAGACAUUGAGACAACAACACAAACAGUGACAGAAACAUUCACUACACCAGAAGGAUCUGGAGAAGGCUCUGGAGACAUUGAGACAACCACACAAACAGUGACAGAAAUAUUCACUACACCAGAAGGAUCUGGAGAAGGCUCUGGAGACAUUGAGACAACCACACAAACAGUGACAGAAAUAUUCACUACACCAGAAGGAUCUGGAGAAGGCUCUGGAGACAUUGAGACAACCACACAAACAGUGACAGAUAUAUUCACUACACCAGAAGGAUCUGGAGAAGGCUCUGGAGACAUUGAGACAACCACGCAAACAGUGACAGAAAUACUCACUACACCAGAAGGUCCUGGGGAAGGCUCUGGAGACAUUGAGACGACCGCGCAAACAGUGACAGAAAUAUUCACUACACCAGAAGGAUCUGGAGAAGGCUCUGGAGACAUUGAGACAACAACACAAACAGUGACAGGAAUAUUCCCUACACCAGAAGGAUCUGGAGAAGGCUCUGGAGACAUUGAGACAACCACACAAACAGUGACAGAAAUAUUCACUACACCAGAAGGAUCUGGAGAAGGCUCUGGAGACAUUGAGACAACCACACAAACAGUGACAGAUAUAUUCACUACACCAGAAGGAUCUGGAGAAGGCUCUGGAGACAUUGAGACAACCACGCAAACAGUGACAGAAAUACUCACUACACCAGAAGGUCCUGGGGAAGGCUCUGGAGACAUUGAGACGACCGCGCAAACAGUGACAGAAAUAUUCACUACGCCAGAAGGAUCUGGAGAAGGCUCUGGAGACAUUGAGACAACAACACAAACAGUGACAGGAAUAUUCCCUACACCAGAAGGACCUGGAGAAGGCUCUGGAGACAUUGAGACAACAACACAAACAGUGACAGAAAUAUUCACUACACCAGAAGGAUCUGGAGAAGGCUCUGGAGACAUUGAGACGACCGUGCAAACAGUGACAGAAACAUUCACUACACCUGAAGGAUCGGAAGAAGGAUCUGGAGACAUUGAGACAACCACACAAACAGUGACAGAAAUAUUCACUACACCAGAAGGACCUGGAGAAGGCUCUGGAGACAUUGAGACAACCACACAAACAGUGACAGAAACAUUCACUACACCAGAAGGAUCUGGAGAAGGCUCUGGAGACAUUGAGACAACAACACAAACAGUGACAGAAAUGGUCACUACACCAGAAGGCUCUGGAGACAUUGAGACAACCACACAAACAGUGACAGAAAUAUUUACAACACCAGAAGGCUCUGAAGCUGUAGAAACAACAUCCCAACCAACAACUGAAGUAUUCAAUACUCCAGAGAGCUCUGGAAAUGUAGACACAACUUUACAAACUCUUACAGAAAUAUACACAACACCAGAAGGAUCUGGAGACAUUGAAACUACAUCACAACCAGUAACAACCACGCAAACAGUGACAGAAAUAUUCACUACACCAGAAGGACCUGGAGAAGGCUCUGGAGACAUUGAGACAACCACGCAAACAGUGACAGAAAUAUUCACUACACCAGAAGGAUCUGGAGAAGGCUCUGGAGACAUUGAGACAACCACACAAACAGUGACAGAAAUAUUUACAACACCAGAAGGCUCUGGAGCUGUAGAAACAACAUCCCAACCAACAACUGAUGUAUUCAAUACUCCAGAGAGCUCUGGAAAUGUAGACACAACUUUACAAACAGUUACAGAAAUAUACACAACACUGGAAGGCCCUGGAGAAGGCUCUGGAGACAUUGCAACUACAUCACAAUCAGUAACAGAUAUGGUCACAACACCAGAAGGCUCAGGAGACAUUGCGACUACACCCCAAACAGUGACAGAUAUACUUACAACACCAGAAGGAUCUGGAGCAGUAGAAACAACACCACAGACUGUUACUGAAGGAUUCACAACACCAGAAGGGUCUGGAGACAUUGAGACUACACCACAGACCGUGACAGAAAUAAUCACAACACCUGGAAGUUCGGGUGAAAUUCAGACAACAUCUCAAACUGCAACAGGAAUAUUCACCUCACGAGAAGUUUCCCCAACAUCAGAAUGCUCUGGAGAAGGUUGCGGAGAAGGUUCUGGAGGCAUUGAGACGACUCCAAAAACAGCGACGCCAAUAUUUACAACACCAGAAGGUGAAAUCAAAACGACACCAGCGUCAGUAACUGAAGUUUUCACAACACCACUAGGCUCCAGUGAAACAACAUCUCCAUUGGGUACUCAGGUUUUAACAACACCUGAAGGAUCUGGAGACAUUGAGAAAACCUCACAAACAACUACUGAAAAGUUUACAACGCAAGAAGGGUCCGAAGGUCAAGAGACAACACCACAUACAGUUGCAUCCUCAGCCACUGCAGCAUCAUUUACAGCUGUGAUCACCACUUCUAAAGAAUCUGGAGAGAUUCAAACAUCAGAAAAAGUAACUGACAAAUACACAACAGCAGAAACAUCAAGAGAUUAUACAACACCAGAUCUCUUGACUGGAGAGUCAUCGUCUGAUAGAUUGACAACAUCUGGGAAUAGAUUGACAACCUCUAAAGAUGACAUGACAACACCUGAAACUAACUCAAAGCCUGGAGGAUCUGUCAACACUGAUACGUCUCAAACCCUUACUACAAGAAUACCCAUAACACCAGAAAGUUCUGGAGUAGUUGAUAGAACACCUGAAAUCACAACUGUAGCAUACACAACCCCUAAGGAAGCUUUAGAUACCUAUACUACAUCUUCAACAAUUUCUAGCGGUAUAUCUCCUCCAGAAGUUUCAACAGCUAAAGUGUCUGCAGAGACUGGUACCACCCAUAAGAUCACUAUAACAAAACAAUUCACAACAGGUGGAUCUGGGGAACCUGAUGUUAACACCACAAAAGAUUUUGAAAAAAGUUCACCGGCAACAUAUCCUACUUUGGAAAGUGGAACACAACAAAAAACGGAUCCAGUCAUAACCACAACUGUAGAGGUCACCCAUCUAACAAGUAAGACCUUAACCCCAGGGUUUCUGGUCACUACUCCUAGUUCUAGGCCAUCAACCACUGAUCCUCCCAGUUCGAUUCCACUCACCAGUAUUGUAGUAACCACUGUCAGUGAUACCACAACAUCUCCAGAAACAAUAUCUCCAAUAAUAACAUCUCCGACAACUCAAUCUCCAACAACCACAAGAAGACCCGUUGUCCUCACAACACUCAAUUGUCUAAAUGGAGGUAACUUUGAUGGAAUGAAAUGUAAUUGUUCACAAGAUUACUUUGGACAAUUUUGUGAGACUUUCAUCGGUGACAGAGUUAUUGUUGGCACAACAGUUACAGCAACAGUAUCGGUGGAAAUGAAAAUCACUAACCGAGUUUAUCUGCCUGAGUACCAGGAUCGCACAUCUACUGAAUAUAAACAGUUUGAGGGUGAAUUUAAAAAAGAGAUGGACCCCCAUUAUGAGAACAUUGAAGGGUAUAGCGGAGUAAAGAUUAUAAAUAUAAGGCCUGGAAGUGGCUCAGCUAGGAAAAGAAGAAGUGCUGAUGUGUCUGCUAGGAGUGUCGAUAUGUUUGUGAAUCAUAAUGUCACUAUGGAGAUACCAUUACAGGAAAACGUGAACGUGGCCGAGGCAAAAUAUGAAGAAGCAUUGAAGAUAGUAAACGAUCAAUUAGAGAUGCUAAAAAAUUGCACAAAUGAAGACUCUGGAUUCUGUAUCUCUGAAGAUUUUAACAUCACAGAAGGAAAACUCCAAACUCUCGAUGAGCUCUGCAUGGACAUAGUUCCCCUUGAUUUCAAAGAAUUUUAUAGUCCGUACUUCUCCCCUGAUGGACUGACCUGCAUAUCGGACUGUGAUUCUUUAUCUAAGAAAUACAUAGACUGUGGCCCAGGCACUUGUAAAAUCGAGAAUAAAACUGGUCGUGCGUGCUUCUGUCCUCAGACAGAGAUCUACCUCUAUAUGUACUCUGACUGUAAAGGGCCCAUACUGAAGGCUGGUGUGUACGGAGGAGUUGGAGCUGCCAUCGCUGUCCUGUUCCUUGUCAUAAUCAUUGUGGCUUAUUUCUUGUUCAGACGUGGUAAAGACAAAAAACUACUAGAACCUUUUGGUAAAGAGCAAGAAGAUAGCUGGUUUGAAGAAAAUGACAGCCAGUGGCAUGUAGAUCGCGGGAUCACCAACCUGUCUGAAACAGAUGGAGACUCAUCCCAUUAUAGCUACUCAUCUUCAAGGGAGAGGUUUAAACCAGUCCUGGAGAAUAUAAACACAACGGCCGAGAUCAAGAUACAGAGACCGGAGAUCUCCAGGUUGUGAUCUGACUUCAUGGACAGUGCAGAGAUGGGGGUCACAAUCACAGAAACCUUACACAGAAAAGUGUGAUUGGCCAACUACAAUCUGAUCGUCAACAGUGUUCUUCAAAAAGCAAACCUGCCAAUGGCCAUUCUUCUUCACCAACAGAUUAAAUACUUAACUUCAAUGGUUUCAUGUAAAGAUGAUGAUGACAAAGUAGCCAAUAAGAACAAAAGUUUCCAUCCAAAGCUCCAUUUUCAGUAUAUAAACGCAAAUCUGAUUAAAUGGUCUACUCUUAAUUUUUCCCUAUUGCCCGUAUCUUACACCAUCCUAUCUUCCCCAUUUUAAGUCACUUUAUCCCAUGUGAUCGGGUAAAUGGAAUAGGCAUUUAUUUAUCAAACAUUUAUUCACGAUUAUCAAAGCACGUGUUUGAUUUGCUCUGUAUGUGUAUAUAUAUAUAUAUAUAUAUAUAUAUAUAUAUAUAAAUAUUGUGUGUGUAUAUAUAUAUAUAUAUAGGUAUGUUGGUUGUAUCUGUUAGGAAAUAUAUUGUGUAACAAUGUAUUUUGACAGUGUUCAAAAGCCUAUAUUUUGAUUAAGCAAGUAAUAGGAUGUGGCCAGUGUAAAGCCUCGUACACAUGACCGAGAAACUCGACGGGCGAAACACAUCGUUUUG